AUGGGUAAAGAAAGAUGGUCUCAACGAGCUGUAUGUUGCUUGUUGCUUAUGGCAUUAAUGGCGAGGAACCAUGCUGCAGUCGUUGAUGUAAAAACUAAAGGUGCCAAGGGCGAUGGUAAAACCAAUGAUGGCCCGGCGAUAGUGGAUGCUUGGAAAGCAGCAUGUGCAGGACCUCCGCCAAGCUCGGUGUUGUUUCCUCCAGGGAUUUAUAUGGCAUUUCCUCCAAUUGAUUUAAUGGGUCCAUGCAAGGGUCCAAUUGAGUUCAAGGCCACUGGAGCCACCAUCAAGGCCCCACCUGAGCUUGCAAAGUUUAAAACCGAUGCUUGGAUCUGGUUCACGAAAGUUGAUAGCUUGACUAUGACAGGUGGUACAUAUGAUGGCCAAGGCCAGGAAACUUGGAAGAAUAACAAAUGCUCAACUAGUGGAACUUGCUCGUUACCAUCCACUAUCAAAUUGAGUUUCGUGAAGAAUGCAUUGGUGAAAGACGUAACAUCUGCCAAUGCCAAGUUCUUCCACAUGUUUAUAGUGGAUUGUGAGAACACCCGCCUUGACCACGUUACCAUUGACGCACCGGGAAACAGUGUCAACACGGAUGGAAUUCACGUCGGAAGGGUAAGUGGAGUCAACAUCACAGACACAAAUAUAAAGACUGGCGAUGAUUGCAUUUCUUUUGGAGAUGGAAGCAAGAACGUUCAUGUGGAGCGAGUGACGUGCGGACCAGGUCAUGGCAUCAGUAUCGGGAGCCUGGGCAGAUACCCAAAUGAAGCACCUGUAGCAGGAAUCUGGAUUAAAAACUGCACAUUCACUGGCACCUUGAACGGAGUGAGGAUCAAGACCUGGCCUGGGGGUACACCGGGAACUGCCAGCGACAUGCAUUUUGAUGAUAUCAUCAUGACCAAUGUGGGAACUCCCAUAUUGAUCGAUCAACUAUAUUGCCCUUAUAGUCCAUGCCAGAAAGGACCGUCGAAAGUGAAGAUAUCGAAUGUGAGCUUUAGGAAGAUCAGAGGAAGCUCAUCAACUAAGAUAGCAAUAAGGCUUGCUUGCAGCCCUGGGUUACCAUGCGACAACGUGGAGGUGGCUGAUAUCAACCUCACAUUCAAAGGACCUGGAGGACCUGCCACCUCUGAGUGUUCUAGCGUCAAACCCAAAGUCGUCGGUCAAGUCGUCCCUCCGGCUUGUCCAGGUGGCCCGAAAUAA